AUGUCACAAAACAACCAUUACAUUGACAACAUUCCUCUCUCGGAGUGGGAUACCUCUGUUGUUCUUCAAUUCUUGACCAAUCAAAAAAUUACAGACAAAAAAGUUCAUGAAAUAUUGAAAACUCAUGACAUCAAUGGAGCAUUACUCGGUCCAAUGACUCUCGAUGACUUUAAACGUUUGGGUGUACCAGUGGGUUUUGCCAAUUCCAUUGUCAAAAAAGUUGCUGCUUUGACAGAAUUUCAAGCUAAAUAUCUCGACACCAAUUUUCAUGAAAUGGACGACUUGGUUAUUGAUAUAAUGAAUGAAUUAAAUGAAGAUUCAGAAGUUUGCCCAUGCCCUGCAUGGGAUGAGAAUCAAUUCAGUGCCGAACAAAGGCAAGCUUUUGCAUUUUGUAUGCACAAGUUGGAUUUCAUUCCAGAAUCUAUAGACAAGAAUUCAAAAUCCAAGGCUACCAUUUGUCAGAAUUUAACAUUCCCCAACAGAUUCAUGUAUGAAUAUUUGAAUCCACGACGUAUAGAGAGCUACAAGAUGGAAAUAAGGCAAUUAAUGGUCCACGAGCCCAAGAUGAAAGUGAGACUUGUCAUCACCGUAUUGAGUGAAACUGCUCAACUUAGACUCGUUAGAAAAUUUGGAGCUAAUAUUGGCUUGUCUGGCGAUACCGCUUGUGGAAUGUUUCACACAGCAUUGAUUGUUGGUCCUUGGUAUUUGGAGUGGGGUGACAAGUCUCUUGCCAUUGUUCGAAAGCAUUCUUCUUCUAGGGCUGUGUUUGUUGCUACUAUUGGUGAAAUCAAAGGUACCGAAAAAGUGAACCAACAACUUGUAGCUCUUGCCAUGCUUUGUGCUGAAUGGAAUGGAACAAAAAUGUAUGACAUAAAAGACUGUAAUUGUCAACAUUUCACUGAAGCUGCCAUUGAAGCAUUGAAUAUGACAAAUGAAUUUGAACACAACAUUGAUGCCAAAACUAAAAAGUAUUUGGGGAAAAUGAAACAACGUGGAGCUGGUGAGCGUAGUUAUAAAGUUGACAAGGAAUUGAAGAAAGUGUUGUUGGAUUCAAAUGUCAUAACCACAGACAAUGAUACACUUCAAUUAAUCCAAAACAUGAGAAAGAAAAUUGAAAGUAAUUCCACAUUUUGUUUCAAAACUCACAAGGAAUUGGAUGAAUUUGUGAAAUUUGCGAUAACUGUUCAUCCUCUGUUCACUGCUUCGCCAGAUUAUGUUUUUUUGAGAGGGCUCGACAGAGGUUUUUGGCUGAAAUAUCAAAAUACGACAUACCAAACCGAAGACGACCGACCGUGCUUGUCCUCUUGCAAACCCUUAAUGGAUACCAAAGAAAGCCGUUGCUUGUGUCCUUUCAAUCCAACUCAAGAACCUAUGGACAACGUUAACAUGACUGUUGUGGGACAAGAUUACGUCUUUUGCAAGCUCAACAUGAUAUUCUCGCCGACGGACUGCAACUUGGACUCGCAAUGCGGCUGGCAACUUCCAACCUUUGAAUCUCACAACUAA